AUGGGGCUCCUGCCCAAACUCGGAGCGCGCCAGAGCAGCGGCACCUCCUCGGUCCCAGCCAGACGCUGCUCCCGCUCGGUCUUCAGCAACAUUAAGGUGUUCGUGCUUUGCCAUGGCCUCCUGCAGCUCUGCCAGCUUCUCUACAGUGCCUACUUCAAGAGCAGCCUCACCACGAUCGAGAAGCGCUUUGGGCUCUCCAGUUCUUCCUCAGGUCUCAUUUCCAGCUUGAACGAGACCAGCAAUGCCAUCCUCAUCAUCUUUGUCAGCUACUUUGGCAGCCGGGUGAACCGCCCGCGGAUGAUCGGCAUAGGAGGUCUCCUCCUGGCUGCGGGGGCUUUUGUCCUCACCCUCCCACACUUCCUGUCGGAACCCUAUCAAUAUGCCUCAAGCACUGCCGGAAACAGCAGCCUCUUUCAGACCGACCUCUGUCAGAAGCAUUUGCCAGACCUGCCCCCCAGUAAGUGCCAUAGUACCAUUCCGGAUACCCAAAAGGAGACCAGCAGCAUGUGGAGCCUGAUGGUAAUUGCUCAGCUGCUGGCCGGCAUUGGGACAGUGCCCAUUCAGCCAUUUGGGAUCUCCUACGUGGACGACUUUGCGGAGCCCACCAACUCACCUCUGUAUAUCUCCAUCUUAUUUGCUAUUGCUGUGUUUGGACCGGCUUUUGGGUACCUGCUGGGCUCAGUCAUGCUGAAGAUCUUUGUGGACUACGGCAGAGUGGACCCUGCUACAGUGAACUUGAGCCCAGCUGACCCCCGAUGGAUCGGAGCCUGGUGGCUGGGCCUGCUUAUUUCUUCAGGCUUCUUAGUUGUUACUUCUUUGCCUUUUUUUUUCUUCCCUCGAGCAAUGCCCAGAGGAGCAGAGAGGUCUGCUAUCACAGACGAAACAAUGACGAUGGAGGAGGACAAGCCAAGAGGCUCCCUGAUGGAUUUCGUUAAACGAUUCCCUCGCAUCUUCCUGAGGCUGCUGAUGAACCCACUCUUCAUUCUGGUGGUCCUGGCUCAGUGUACGUUCUCCUCUGUCAUCGCUGGCCUCUCUACAUUCCUCAACAAGUUCCUGGAGAAGCAGUAUGGCGCCUCUGCAGCCUAUGCCAACUUCCUCAUCGGUGCUGUAAACCUUCCUGCUGCUGCCUUGGGGAUGCUGUUUGGAGGAAUCCUCAUGAAACGUUUCGUUUUCUCUUUGCAAAUCAUCCCCCGAGUGGCUGCCGCCAUCAUGACCAUCUCCAUAAUCCUCUGUGCCCCUCUCUUCUUUAUGGGGUGUUCCACCCCAACUGUGGCUGAAGUCUACCCCCCCAGGACAUCAAGUUCUAUACAUCCACAGCCUCCUGCCUGCCUCAGGGAUUGCUUGUGCCCAGAUUCCAUCUUCCACCCAGUCUGUGGAGACAAUGGAGUCGAGUACCUCUCCCCUUGCCACGCCGGCUGCAGCAGCAUCAACAUGAGCUCAGCAGCUUCCAAGCAACCGAGCUAUUUGAACUGCAGCUGUGUGACUGGAGGAUCUGCGUCAGCAAAGACAGGCUCGUGUCCUGUGUCCUGCGCACACUUCCUGCUGCCGUCUACCUUUCUCAUCUCCUUUGUGGCGCUCAUUGCCUGCGUCUCCCACAACCCUCUCUACAUGAUGGUUCUCCGUGUGGUGAACCAGGAUGAAAAGUCAUUUGCUGUUGGGGUACAGUUCUUGUUGAUGCGCUUGCUAGCCUGGCUGCCAUCUCCAGCCCUGUAUGGUCUCAUCAUCGACUCCUCCUGUAUCCGGUGGAACUACCUAUGCUCAGGGAGACGAGGGGCCUGCUCAUAUUAUGACAAUGAUGCACUCCGAAACAGGUACCUGGGCCUGCAGGUGGGCUACAAGGUCCUGGGCACACUGCUGCUCUUUUUCAUCGGCUGGAGAGUCAAGAAGAAUAGGGAAUAUAGCCUGCAAGAGAACGCCUCGGGCCUCAUCUGA